UUGUGUUUUGGCACCUUGGCAACCUGCUACUGUGUGCCUCUGCAUUUCAGCAAACAGGUUAGAAUUACAUACUGAGUAUCUUGUAAAUAAUAUCAGCUCAAGCUCUCACAUAUGGCGUGGACAGAAGAUAUUUAUCCACACUUUGAGCCGUAUGAUCCACAUGCUUUUCAGAUAUUUCCUGCUCCCCAGCAGCCCCCCACUAUCCUGCAGCAGCUCCCAGCAACCAUGAUGCCUCCUGGCUCCGCUGCUUCCAUUAGGCCUGGUGGUCACGUCAAGGAGGACCUUGUAGAGCUGAUGAUGAUCCAGAAUGCCCAGAUGCACCAGGUCAUCAUGAACAACAUGACCAUGUCAGCUCUCAGCUCGUUCGGCUACUCCGGCCCUCCGUCAGGCCCUGCGGCUCCCAGAGAUCUGGUUGUUAUUCAAGAGAAUGAGGCUCACCAAGAGACAUACCACCAUUAUUACCACCAUGCUCCAUUCCUGUUCUACCCUGAAUGGCUCCUGCAUCAGGCCACACUGGUCCACCAAGACCCCAACAACCCCCCUUCUUCUCCGCCACACACAGACAGGCCUGCUGUCCCUCCUUCCCCGCCCAACGCCACUGGGAUUGUGGGAGCCGACGUCACUCCAGCAGCAGAGAGCAACAGUGCUGCUGAGGCAAAGGCAGAGAAGAAGAGAAACUGAUUAUCACUCACCAAACGUGUUUUUCAAUGGGCACUAGUUGGCAAAAAUAAUCUUGAAUUUUUUCAACUUAUCUCAAAAAUCAUGAUUUCACACUUAUGUUUUGUUUUUACAAUUAAAUGGGUUUUAUGUUAAUGUUCAAUAGAUUAAAUUUAUUAUACCCUGAUUUCAUUCAACCUACAUUACCCAAAUUAUCCAGCAGGGAGCAGCAACAGAUGUUACGAGGGAUAGCAAAUAGACCACAAGCUGUACAAUAAUACAGGAAUACAAGAUGUAUUGCUGUAUUGACAAGCAUUCACGGGGACUCUGCAUACUAUAGUGCUGAAAUGUACAAGUCAUUACAUUGUGUGCAACAUAGUAUGACAGCACAUAAGAUCUAUUGCUCUGUUACACUGUGUGACCUUGUUUUUUAAAUACACCGUGAUGAAAACUUAAGAGCAGUUUCAAACUGGUAGGCCCACUUCAUGUCAGCACCUCUGUUAUAUAAUAAUAGCUUAAUCACAUACAUCAAUAGCCUAAUUUUACGCAUGAUCCGUGAUGAUAAAGAUACACGAAAAAACAUAAAUGCAUGACAAAAAUAGCAUAUUGUUUUGAGACCCUCCCAAAAGUCACAAAUCAUGUUUUCAGAGGAGCUAAUGUGUCAUUACCUUAUUAUCUACUGUCUUAUGGCUCCCCUGCAGUUUGCACCCUGCUUAGAAGGAUUAGAAGAGGCACACUACUCAAUCCCUACAGGCGAUGACAAGAAAAGCAAUACUAUCAUGAAAAGUGCAUGAAAACAGUGUAAUACACAAACUUAAUGAAAUAUUUUGGAUAUGUUUUAAUGACAGGUGAAGUAUUUGAGUGUUUUUCUCACUGGCUUAAACUCAGGUAAAAGGAAAAGUGUUGAGUUAAUGUACAGUGUGACCCAGUUCUUAAGGUUGAAUUAACUUGCUCGGAGUAGCAGAUAGACUGAGUUUGCCAAACAGUAUAAUACAGAGGGGCACCAUGUAGCAGAGACAGCUAAGGCAUAGGAAAGAAUUUCAGUGUCAAUUUACUAGAUUUGUCUGUGACAACACACGCCAUCUCAAUACCCGCAUUCGUUGGCAUCCACUGAAAAUAGUUUUAAGGUUUGGAGGAUCAUUUGGAGUUUGAAAAGUGGAUUGUACUGUGACAGUGCAGGGUGGGGAGCACAGGGUUUCGGCAGCAGUGUGGGAGGGUAAUUUUAAAGAUAGGGAGUGAAGGCAGCACCCAAAUCUCUUAUAAAACACGAGGAUUAAGAGCUCAAAUGGGAAGAACGUGCCAAUACGGCUGUCGCUCCACUGUCUCCAGGGCAAUGCCAAUGUUUACCCAGCUAUUAAUAUCCAACCACCAAACGCUGCCUAUCAUGGAGACACAAGUAAGAGUGACGAGAGAGAGAGAGAGAGAGAGAGAGAGAGAGAGGGACAGCAGGUCAGAAGGGGUUAAAAAGAAAAAUAUAUUCAGAAGAGGAAUGAGAUUAGAAAAGGGCAGCUAAUCACAGAAGUAAUAAUUGAUAAACUAGACUGAGUACAUUGUAGAUUUAGAGAGUAAAUGAAUAAGAGGACGUGAUGCAGUGCAUCCAUUAAAGCUCUGCACACUAACAAGGGAACAGUACACUCUGUUGAGAACAAACACAGGAGGUGGAACAUGAAAGAUUAAUGACGGAUGUAAAGUGAUGAAGUGUGGAUUAUUCAGAAGAUGGAGGGCGCUGUCAUAGUAUGUAUGUAUCCAGAUAAGGAGCCAGAGAUACCCAGCUUUUUAUUUUAGCCUGUCUGGCAGCUUUUCUUUAUCACUGCACCUCGGAAAAUGCGUUAUUUUCCAUUUUGAUCUGUUACUUUCAGUGUGUUCAGUGUUCAGUUUUCCUUUCUCAAUAUGUUUGACUACUGCUGUUUUCUUUUUUCAUUCAUAUCUAUUAGAUUUAUUUUCAUUUUAUACUAUUGUUUAAGUUGUUAUCCCUUACUGCUGUAGUGAUAAUUAUCGCAUUUUCUCUUUGUUGUAUCCCAUUUUGUUCUCUCCACAACCCAAUAUCCCCAAGGAUCAAUAAAGUCUAAUCUAAUCUA